AUGAUAAUAGUGAUAGCGUUUUGCAGACCGACUGUGACGGAGAAAGAUAUGACAAAUGUGGAAUUGGAGAAAUUAUUGGCAGUUCCGGAGAAGGUGGUGAAAGUGACAUUAGAGGUGAGUUGGCAAACACGCAGCGCAUGACCGCAACGCGUCUAACGACAUUUGUGCUGCGAUUUCGAAUAUUUAACUUUCAGGAAGUCCUAUCGCGCGAUAAAAUGGAAGUGAGCCCCGACAACUCAUGCAACGAUGAUACGCUUUCCGGUGACGAGGCACAAAAAAUAGCCAGAAAGCUAAAAUCCGUAAAAAGUGUCAAGAAUUGCGACAACACCUCAAAAUCCACCAAAAAAUAUCGCGGCUACAAACCAACGGUGCCAUUGCCCAUCGUCAAAAGUGUGACAACUGCGCAAAAAGUCGCACAACAAGAAAGUCGCUGGAAACAAAAGGCUGAAGUGGAGAAGAAGGAGCGAUUGGCGAAGAAAAUCGAGGCGCAAAGAAGAGCCAAACAGGAUGUUGUGGUGCCGGAAGAAAUUGCGACGGAGAGGAAGAAAAGAACAUGA